GGUUUUCUAGAAAUGAGCAUGGACAUUUUUUCGUGUGUUUUUGUUGUUUUUUCCUCUUUUAAAUAUAGCCGAAACCAUCAUUUAAAAAAAUGUGUAACUAAAGUUCGUGAACAUCACCCGGAAGUAAACAGUCAGGCAGCGUUAGCAUUAGCUAACGGUGAUUGUGAGCUUGUCUUUUAGGUGGUUUAUUGGGGGUUACCUGAUGAAAAAGAACGUUACGUGGUUCAUGUUGAAACUAUAAGUUUUAUAAAUGUGCAUCUGAUGCGUCAACUCGACGUUAAAUCCAAAAAUAACGGAGCUGUGAUUGUGAGACCAGCAGGUGAUCGGAGCUGCAGCGAAGAGCAUCUGCAGGAACCAUGUCUGCACUUUAGCAUGAUGUGAGAGUCUGUCAGAGAGGAACUUUCUGCUGCUGCUGAAGAAAUCUGCAGACUCUGUGAAGGAACCAUCGUCCAGUACGAGCAGGAGCUCUGUCGUCAGCGCAGACUGCUGGAUAUCUGCUGGAAACCACAGCUUCAGCUCCAGGAUAUAGGGUUCUGGGACACACGGAUUCCUGACUUUCCUUUUUCUGCUGAAGAACACGCCUUCUUCCUCUCAUUCCUUCACCAUUUACCCCCAUAACCCUGAAGGUCAACCGCACCAGCGAUGGUUGGAGUAAACUCAAACUUUAAUCAAUCUGGUAUCUCCCAGCAUUCUAGGAUGAACCAAGAAAGGAUCUGCAAAGAGGAACAAGCAGAAAUAGAACUUCCCCAGAUUAAGGAGGAAAUAGAAGAACCAGAAGAUCCACAUGUUAAGGAGAUGUAUGAAUUAGAAGAUCCACGGAUAAAGGAUGAAAUUGAUGAAUUAGAAGAUCCACAGAUUAAGGAGGAAAUGGAUGAAUUUGAAUCUUCUGAGAUUAAGGAGGAGUGGGAGGAACCAGAGUCUGAACAGAUUAAAGAGGAACAAGAGGAGCUCUGCAUCAGUCAGCAUGCAGAGCAGUUUGAGAUUGAUAUCUUGAUGGACACUCCAACUUCUGAGGAUCAUGACCUCAGUGAAGAAGAUCUGAAUAGCAAGCAGAGCUUUAGUGAUAGUCAGGAUGAAGAGGGAAGCCAGCAUGAAGAAUCAACUACAGAUGAGGAGACGGACCCAGAGAAUAUAGAUCAGAGGAAGACAAGAGACAGAAGUCAUGUCAAAAAUGUGGACGGCUCUCUUAUGUCAGAAAGUCUGUGUGACUCUGCUGUUAAAAAAGCAAAACAAACCCAAAAAGAAAAGAAACUUUCUCGUGAAAGUUCUAAUUGUUCUCGUAAGGCAUCUGUCAACGUGAGAAGUAACUCUGGAGACAAACCCUUCACUUGUGAGGACUGUCAUAAAAGUUUUAGACGACUGUGUCACCUUAAAACUCACAGGAGAAUCCACACAGGAGAGAGGCCUUUUUUCUGCAAAGAAUGUUUCAAGUGUUUUCGAGAAUCAUCUAGUUUGAAAAGACACAUGAUGACGCACACAGGAGAGAAGCCUUUUUUUUGUCUUCAGUGUCAUCAAAGAUUCAGUCAAAUAUCUAACCUGAGAACCCACGUGAGAACUCACACGGGUGAGAAGCCUUUUCCGUGUAAAGAAUGUGAUAAAAGUUUUGGUGAGAAAUCCAGCCUGAAAAAACACAUGACGAUCCACACAGGAGAGAGGCCCUUUGUGUGUCAACACUGUGACCACAGGUUUUCUCGAAUAUCUGUCUUUAGGGCACACAUGAGGAUUCACACAGGAGAAAAGCCUUUCGCGUGUAAGGAGUGUAACAAACCUUUUAGGGAAAGAUCUUACCUCAGGAAACACAUGAUGACCCAUAGCAGCUGACUCCUUCAGUGACGGCUCUAGAGUUAGAGAGGGACGGGGCUUGAUGGCACUUCAAUGAUUGGUGAAGGUCGUCAGUUUGUGGAAAACCAACCAAAAUCCCCCCAUGUUGCUUAGUGGAGAUAAAAAGUGUUUUUUAAAUGAUGAUCUAAAAGUUUGUUUUAAUCUUUAAUACAAGUUUUUUUCUCCACUUCUGAAUGCCUCUGUGUUAGGGUAAGGGUUAACCCGGGCUCACACUGAAACCAUUCCGGUUCCAGUGUGGACACUAGAGUGGUCUAGGUACAGCAGAUGACUUGCAUUGACUAUGGUAUGGCUGCACCCACAGGCUCUGCUGCCGACCACUCCAAUUAUUCUGUCAUUUUUCUGUGCAUUUUUAAAAAUAUUUUUCUCUUUUUCAUUAAUAAAUAUGCUUGGAUCUGAUGCUGAAAAGACUGGUAUGUGCGCUACCAUGCUGAAUGGAAGGAAGACCUUUUACUUCAUAAAAGUUUUUAUGUGAUUAAUGUAAGUUUUGUCUACAUUAAGGACAACUGCAUGAACUGAUUCCAUUGCAGUAGCUGUUCUUGUCUUUGGAACCGCUCAUGCAAGAGCUAAAGAUUAAAUUUUAAAAACUUUUUGUUUUUUAAAUCUGGGUUUGAUCAGCUCUGACUGUGAAAAUGAUUUAAAAUCUCGUUUUCAAAUAAACAUUUUGAGCAGAUGUCA